GUGGUAGACAAUUUGUUAAACGAUCUCACCAAAUUGCCACUGAAAGCUGUAUCCAUUAUGGAUGGUGGCACUCAAGUUAAACUCAUUUUUACUUAUGAGAACGAUCAACAAGCUGUUUUCAAGCCCAUGCGAUUCGGUCGUGAUUAUGAAAGCGAUCCAAAUCACUUCUAUUUUAGCGAUUUUGAACGUCAUAAUGCUGAAGUUGCAACUUUCCAUAUCGACAAGUAUGUUGUCCUGUUUCUGAAAAAUACUGGACUAAAAUAA